AUGGGAGAAAUUCAAGAGGAGGCAGUCUUACUGCAGCUUACUAAGGCUUUAGGCUUCAAGGACCAAGCUGGGAAUGGCUUGGAUCGAAGUGAAUCAUCACCUAACAACCGAUUCCUGCUUUCUGAUGUGAGAAAAAAGCAAGGGGAGCCAUUGAAAUCUCAGCAGGUGGUAUGUUCUUCAGCUCCUCUUCACCAGAAGGAAUCAGAUAAAAGAAUGAAACAUGAAAUGCAUCUUCAUUGUCUGAAUCAUUUGUAUUACUUUUCCCUUAUUAAAAUGGCAUUGACCAAGAGGCUCCUAAAGCAAAAUGGUCAGUUUUCAGAUGUCAGGAAAGGGCAAAGUAUCCAUGAUCUGAUGGAGUAUUUGUUUCCAAAUGGUCAUGAACAUUCCAGACUGAAAUGUAAUGAGAUGGUAAUAGAAGAAAACACAGUUCCAUGUUUAAUUCAUGCAAAGCAGCAAGAAAUGCAUCAGAAAGACUCUCCCAAAGUGCUCAGAAUUCCAAAAGAAAAGAAAAUGUUGAAGCAAGAGAAACAUGUUGAUAGUUUUAUUUUGCCCAACAGGAUUGAAGAUGAGAAAUCAUCUGCUGUUGGUGAGAAGGACACUAUUGCUAUGCCUUUAUCUCUGGAAGAUGUAGCCCUUUACCAUCCUGUAAUAGAACCCAAGCAAAUAAGCAAAUAUUGGACAAACUACGCUGGCAAAAAUUCCUUCAACCAUGAAAAAUACUAACUAUUUGGUCCUGUGAAAACAUGCUAUGAAUACUUUGAUCAACAUUAUUUAUGACUGCAUAUGUACUGUGUCCUUCUCAUGCCACUCUUUCAUUGCAAUUCUCUAAAUAUGACUUUUUGAUACACAUUCUUCUUACGAAUUGUGAACAGAUUCAUUUGUUUACUUGUUCUAUUGUUCUGAUGGUAUUGCUCAAGUCUCACAGAGUACCAGUGCUGUAUUUUCCAGUAAACAUAUUUCAAAUAAAUUCCAUUUGUACAAGCUGA